UUCAACGAUCAAAUUUAGAAUCUUAUAAAUAGAACUAAGCUCAUCUCUGUUAAAAGCAAGAGGAUAUUUUAGGUGUUUUCCAACACGUAAAUUCAACAGACUGGAGUUCCCAUCGAAUAUAUUAAAAAAAUGUCAAAUUUUGAGCAGUUUCACUGUGACUUUUACCAGUCCAAUUACACCAUAGAUGACCAAGAAGAAGGUUACAGCAGUUAUGGGUCUAGCGAAAAUCUUAGUGCAAGAAGAAAGUGCCAGAUAGGAGACCAACCUCCAGCUAAUGCUUUUGUCCCCUCGGAAAUGCUUCUGCCCUCUCAGAGUUACACGGGUCAGAUUUUACAGCCAACAUACAGUCCCAACACACUCUCUCACCUUAGCUACACUGAUGGUUUUGAUGAGGAACCUCCUUUGCUAGAAGAACUUGGGAUCAAUUUUGAGCAUAUAUGGCAAAAAACCUUAACAGUUCUAAAUCCGAUGAAACCUGCAGAUGGCAGCAUUAUGAAUGAGACGGACCUCACAGGACCUCUGGUUUUCUGUUUGGCCCUUGGAGCAACGUUGCUGCUGGCAGGAAAAGUUCACUUUGGCUAUGUGUAUGGUGUGAGUGCCAUUGGGUGCCUUGCUAUACAUGCACUACUGAACCUGAUGAGCAUCUCUGGAGUCUCACAUGGCUGCGUUGCAAGUGUUUUGGGAUAUUGCCUGCUACCCAUGGUGAUUCUGUCCACUUCUGCAGUUGUCUUCUCACUACAGGGGAUCCUGGGAACUUUGUUAGCCCUGUUUAUUAUUGGAUGGUGCAGUUUGUCAGCGUCCAAAAUUUUUACCUCUGCCUUGGCCAUGGAAGGACAGCAGCUUCUUAUUGCAUACCCAUGUGCUUUACUGUAUGGACUUUUUGCACUUCUGGCAGUUUUCUGAAGUGUAUUUUCUGAUAGCCUUAUUACAGUUUGUUUAUGGUUGUUGGAGGGCUAAGAAGUUAUUUAUUUAUUUUUAGAUUGCCUAGAAUUGCAUUAAGUUCUAUUAACAAAAUUAGAUUAUGCAACUUACCUUUUAUUUGCCUAAUGGCUUGUAAUAAAAUAAUAAAAAAAUAAGUAACAGGUAUAUGACUACAUUGCUGAUGUUUUGAAAAUCCUAUAGCAUAGAGAAAAAUGUUUGUAUUGAGAAGGUACUAAGAGCAAACAAAUAAAUAAAUGUUAAUUUUUAAAAAUA